AUGAACUUUGAUAACGUGGCGUUGAGUCGAACACCCCAGUCUGCGCCGCGAGGUUGCGCGGAGCGGUCGUAUGUCGUGUUAGUGCCGGUGAGUCAAGUGCGGACUGUGUUCGCGCUCGCGUACGCGCCGCAUUCCAUCGUGGGGGCCCUUCGCCGCCAUUGGCCGAACCCGCGUGACGUCACUCUUCGUAAUGAGGUAUUCAACAUGGCCGUGUAG